AUGGCCGGCGAGGAAAUCCAAUCCCGAUUCGCUCCCAAUGGGAGCUUAGAGCCGGACGUUGUCAGCGAGCUCGAGUCUAUGGCAAGGCUGCACGAUAUUUCAACAGAAGACCUCUAUUUCAAGUGGGAAUCUUACUGCAUCAAGAUGGAUGUGGAUACUCAUGCCGUUACCUUGUUGAAUGUGCGUGGUUUGAAGCAGGGCAUCCAGGAUGAGCUGGAGAAGUCACAGCACCGGGUGCAGCUCAAGAGCGAGAGGAAGAUGGCGCCAACUCCAAGGGCCAAGCCGGGUGCCAAAGGAGGCGAUGUCUUUGGCAUGCUGGAUGGGCUAGUACCAAGUACGCCUUCGACAGGGAGGCUGAACAAGGCACCAGGCAGUGGUGGGAACAGCCUGAGAAGGAGGAUGGAGAUCCAGAGAGACAUUCCGAGCUCGCCAGCAGCAGGACUCAAUGAGCAGCUGAGGGCAAUGAAUUUACCAGCUACGUCCUUUGCGGAUCGACAGAACCCCGGCGAGGUAAUCGAAAUUUUGAACGACGAGCUCCCACCGGCCGAGGCACCGAUUGCGCCGUUCCCCGAACCGAGAAUCAAGCUUACGGCUGCUUCUGACCAGAAGAAGACGGGAUAUAAACCACUUGCAAUGAAGCUAUCAGAGGCCAGCGAGAUCUUGGAUGACCGAAUCGACGACUUUAUUGAUCUGGUUCGCGAGCAUCACAAUCUGGAGGAAUCUGCCUUUGGCAACGCUGCAACUGCAAGCACAACUGAGGUCGUGGCUGUGGGCCGUAUAGCGUCCGAUGCUCUCGAGGGGAAGCUCAAUGCUGCUUCAAUAGUGUUGGAGACCUCCAGACGGAUGGGGAGAGGUCUGAGAGUACCGCUGAAGUUGGACGGUAUACGAGGUUGGAGCUUCUUUCCGGGUCAGAUUGUUGCGCUUAGAGGCAGCAAUAUCACAGGCGACGAUUUCAUUGUCAAGGAAAUUCUAGACAUGCCCCUUCUACCAAGUGCUGCUUCUAGUCCCUCCGCUCUAGAAGCUCAUCGAGAGAAGCUCAAAGGCGAUCCCGAUGCUAUGGAUUCAGACUCAGCCCCUACGCCGCUUAGUAUCAUCUACGCGGCUGGCCCAUAUACGGCCGAUGACAAUCUCGAUUACGAGCCGCUGCAGGCGCUUUGCAACCAGGCAGCGGAUACAUAUGCCGACGCCCUUAUCCUCACAGGGCCGUUCCUCGAUAUCGAUCAUCCGCUCAUAGCUACGGGCGACUUUGAUCUGCCCGAAGAGGCUACAUACGAUCCUGACACCGCCAACAUGAAUACUGUUUUCAAAUAUCUCGUCGCCCCUGCGCUAAGCCGCCUCGCCUCCGCAAACCCUCAUCUCACCGUCAUUCUCGUCCCUUCUGUCCGCGACGUCCUCAACAAACACGUCUCCUGGCCUCAGGAUACCAUUCCCCGACGAGAACUCGGUUUGCCCAAGUCAGUGCGAAUCGUCUCCAAUCCCAUGACCCUAUCUAUAAACGAAGUUGUGCUCGGCUUGUCUAGCCAAGACGUGCUGUACGAACUGCGUAACGAGGAGGUAACCAAGGGGGCUCCCGCCGGAGAUUUGAUGAGACGGCUGUGUCGCUACCUCGUUGAGCAGCGACAUUUCUUCCCCGUGUUUCCGCCCACGGAUCGAUCGAGGCUACCCAAGACAGGGACGGAACACGGGCUUGCCACGGGUGCCAUGUUGGAUGUGAGCUAUCUCAAGCUGGGCGAGAUGGUCAAUGUUCGGCCGGAUGUGAUGCUAAUGCCCAGUUCAUUACCCCCUUUCGCAAAGGUUGUUGAAAGUGUCUUAGCUAUUAACCCUGGUUCAUUAUCAAAGAGGCGUGGUCCGGGAACAUACGCCCGCAUGACGCUCUAUCCUCCAUCUCUAGACGGGGAAGUAAUAAAUGGCUUGAUAACUCACAAAGUAUUCGACAGGGCACGAGUGGAGAUUGUAAAGAUUUAA